UGGAAAUCGAUCGCCGCGGCGCACGUUAGCGUGGACUCGCGCACGGUGCUAAGCUGUUCCUCUCUCGCCGCUUCCGUUGUCCCGUUCUUUUCGCGGUGAUGGUCGCUCGCUACCGAAAAGUCCAACCACCGCUUCCCUCCUAUCAUCACUUAACAUCGUCGCCCCCCGAUUUCCACGCACGUUAACGUGCGCCGAUCCCCGCGUAUAGAGCGAUGGGCGGCGCACCGAUCUGAGCCGGUGGUUGUGAUGGUGGCGGCGGCGCAGCUGGGGGUGUUGGCGGCGUGCGUGGUGCUGUUCGUGCCGAUGGGCAUGGCGGGGUGGCACCUGAGCCGCAACAAGAUGCUCUUCUUCAGCGGCGCCCUCUUUAUAACCCUCGCCGUGGGCGUCCACCUGACCCCCUACUUCCCCUCCAUCCCCCACCUCCUCUCCCCCUCCCCCUCCCUCCUCCUCCCCCCUCCCUCCGCGUGCCUCCCCUUCCUCCACCGCCUCUCAUGGAGCCACUCCCCGCCGCCCCCUGCGUGGGCUUGGUCCCCCUCCGCGCACGCCCGAUCCUGCGGGUUCCAGCGCCUCUCCCGCGCCGACGCCUCCGACCUCCUCCGCGGCUCAUGGAUCCUCGUCGCCGGCGACUCCCAGGCCCGACUCCUCGCCCUCGCUCUCCUCCGCCUCCUCCUCGACCCCCCCUCCAUGGCCACCGUCGAAUCCGACCUCUUCCGCCGCCACAGCGACUACCACCUCGCCCUCGCCGACCGCGGGAUCAAGCUCGACUUCGUCUGGGCGCCCUACGAAUCCAACAUCACGCAACUCCUCCGCCGCGACGUCCGUCCCGCGCCGCAGCGCCCCGACGUGCUCGUUCUCGGCGCCGGUCUCUGGCACAUGCUCCACCUCACCGAUCCGGCGCAGUACGGGGAGUCCCUGGUCGCCCUGCGGAGGGCGGCGCGAUCGUCGCUCUAUCCCGUCUCCCCUCACAUGUUCUGGCUCGGCUUGCCCACGCUCGUCAACUCGAUGCUGAACACGGAGGAGAAGAGGGAGAGGAUGAACAGGACGGUGUGGGAGGCGUACAAUCGAGAGGUCGACGAGAGGAUGAUCGUGCGCGGAUCCGGCGGGCCGUUUCUGCUGCUGGAUGUCGGCAUGUUGAGCCGGGGCUGCGGCCGCGGGUGCACAGCUGAUGGGAUGCAUUACGACGGUGUGGUGUAUGAGGCGGCGCUUCACGUCAUGCUUAAUGCUUUGCUGAUCGAGUCGCAGCAAAGGAUAUGAAGCGGCCGUUGAUCCCGGGGCCAUCCACCGGCAACAAUGGCCCGGUGGUGCUUGAAGGAGGUGUGUGCCCCUUCGAUUCCUUAAAAUGAUCAGAUCCUGUUGUUACAUAGUGCCUAUCUUUUUUUCUUUCCAAAGUGUUUUAUUAUUAAUUUUUCCCCUCUAACAGAGCUAUGGUAUAAUGAGUUAACCUAUGUUAUAGGAAAUCUGAAUAGGUUUUCUUUCUUCAGCACAAUGAGAUUUAUUCUGUGACUUCUUGUGUAAUCAUGGAUUACGGAUUGCUGAAACUAAGUUUAAAGGAUAGAGAAUAUACAUUUGCAAAGUCGAGACAGUUGAUAUA